GCUAGCAGGCUCCAGACAGUCAUCAUGCUCUCUUCAAGUUCUCGCUCCUCUCUCCGCCUCACCCUGCUGUGCAGCGUCCUGGCUCUUCUGCUGUCCUGCCAACGAAGCCACGCGUGGUACAAACAGUCCACCGGCCCCAGCUAUUACUCCGUGGGCCGAGCUUCGGGGCUGUUGUCCGGCAUCCGCCGGUCACCCGACAUUCGCAGGUCCGAGCCUGACAACGGAGACGACAGCACCGAAAACAUGGAGGGCAACUUCCUAAACAGCCUGGGAGGACAGAGACAAGGAGCUCUCCUUAAGAGUAUGGCGCUGUGCGUCAAAGACGUCUCUCCAAACCUCCACAGCUGCGAGCUUCUCCCCGAGACCUCCAGCACCUUCCAGUGCAAGGCUCAGAUUUACCUGUCGCUGGACAGCUCAGACUGCCUGAACCCCUGACCCCCCCACAAGAACCCUAAAGACUCUACGACCCCCUCCCCCCACACCGCGUCCCUCCUGCCCCUCGCUUCCGACGUACCCCUAACGUUUGCUCUGGGGAUUAACUCUUUGUGUAGGUUCGUUCCGUAUCUGCUGCAUUAGAACGCGUUUGUUGAAGAAUAAGAAUAAUAAAAUGUUCUCCGUCCGUCCGUCUGUCCUCUGAGCCGAUAAAUAAUAUUUGUGGUUAAAUAAAGUUUAUGAUACUUUCACGGCAGAAA